AACCAAUAAGGAAGCUGCCGGGUGGGCAACCAGAAGCGGUUGGGCGCAGCACCGGAGGGCGGUGUCCCCCCCCAGCGUGGGCUCCAGCCAAUGGAAUGGCGCGGUGGGCGUUGCCAGAGGACGACGGAGCCUAUUUAAACUCGCCGGGGCUGUGGCGCCGUCUUUUACAGCAGCCAUGGCCGGGCGUUGUCGCACCUCCAAAGGCGCCUUGUUGGCGCUGCGCGCAGCCCAGUCCUUCGCCUCGCGGAGCUGUCCGCGUUCUGCCACGGCCGCUGCUCCGGCGCCGGCACCUGCGGAGCAGCCUUUGGCUGACCCUGCCCAGCCGCCCCCAGCCUCAUCCUCCGGUGCGCGCCUCCAGCAGCCGCCGACUCCGCUGCCUCCGCCCCCCGCGGUGGACUUCGCGGACGCGCAAGAGGCUUUCCGGAGCAAGAGCAGCGGCGAGCUGGCCCGGGGGCUCCUGGUGCUCGGCCUCUGCUCGCUCGAGCCGCUGGUGGAGCACGGCGACAAGGUGAGGAGGCGGUCGCGCGAGGGGCGCCGCGCAGGAUACGCGCUCCGUUGCUUUCGCUUUCCUUUCUCUUACCAAUUCCUUUCAUCUCUUAUUCAUCUCUUUCUCCGCUCUCUUUUCGUCAAUUCCUUUCUUUUCCUCUUUCUUUCUUUCUUUCUUUCUUCCUUCCUUCCUUCCUUCCUUCCUUCUUUCUUUCCGUAGGAGCCCUGAAGGCGCUGGGCAACCCCAAAGUUGGUGGGCAUUGCCAUUUAGCUAGUGUGCACGUGCCGCAUUUUGUGAUUGAUUAUACGGGGCGAGCCUUACCUGCUUCCCCCCCCCCAUAUUUUAUUCAAGUUUUCACCCUUCUUCCUUCUCCAUCUUUCGUUCCCUUUCUCUCCUUCCCAUUGCCGGCCACUCUCCUAAGGGCAAAUUGAUGCCUCCCACACAAAGGCUGUUGCCAUGAGAACCUGAUUGCCCUUUGAUGCUCCAUCAGGAAUGGUAGGGCAGAGGGUGGGGAGACCGACAGUAGGUGGUGCCAGAGCCAAUGGCAGGUAGAGCCCCCCCUCGGGCUCCUUGUAAGUCGAAAGGAAGGUGGGGUGGCGGCAGCUGAGAUUGGGGGGACAGCACCUGCAUUUGCCCUACCAGAGCAGCCUCCAGUGGCAAGAGGGGAGACCAGGGUUCAAAUCCCCACUUGGCCAUGAAGCUUACGGUACCAGCCUGCUCCUGUCAGCAUAACCUACCUCACAGGGUUGUUGUGAGGAUAAGAUGAGGCGGGGGAGAACCAUGUUUGCCACCUUGAGCUCCUUGGAGAAAAAGGUGGGAUACAAAUGCAAUAAGACGUGUCCCAAGUUGCCUUGUUAGAAGUGGGUAAUGGGGAACAAUAAAAACCCUGAAUGUUGUAGGUUUAUAUUAAAAUACAUGUGUUGGUUCAAAGCAUUUGCACCUUUCCUUUCAGUCACUGCCCCCACCCAACCCCACUGAGGGGCUUACAAAUGCAUAAAAGCUGUGCGGCUCCUUUCCCUAGGGUUUAUGAUCUAAAAAGUCAUGACACAAAAAGAAAAGUAGAUGAGGACAGAGAAGCACAUGCAGACAAUCAGUUCCUUGAUUUUGCAAUGUUAUUUAAAAAAAAAAAGUCCUGAAUUUUUUUUUUCUUCCUGAGCGGUUGUGAAGUAAUGCUAUCGGCUCUUUCCCUGACCUAUGUGCAAGUGAAAAAGUUAGAUGGCUUGCAUGUCAGUUUUUGUGAAAAUAAAUGCUCUUGGAAGCCGCCAGCCCUGCUGUGGCGGCAGCCCCAAUGACUCCUAGUACGCCUUCGAAAGCUUAGCAGGGCCCUUUUUAGAGCAAAGUUGCCUCUCUGCUUCCUCCUCCAUUUUAACCCCCUGACUCUGCGUCCUACAGCUGAUGAGCUUCAGCCGGAAGCUGUUGGGCCAGUGGCUCUUUGAGAAGCUGAUGAAACUGACCUUCUACGGGCAGUUUGUGGCCGGCGAGGACCAAGAGGCCAUCAAGCCUCUCAUCCAGCGCUACAGCGCCUGCGGCGUGGGCUCCGUGCUGGACUACAGCGUGGAAGAGGACCUGACCACAGAGGAAGCUGAGAAGAAGGAACUGGAGUGAGUGAGAGACUGCUUUGUGGCGGCUCAGCUGGAGGGGUGUUUGUGUGUGGCUGGGCUCAAGCCACUUACUAUGUUGCAACGGGAGCUUCCUUCCUUGGGCGUGUUGCAUUGCAUGAGAAGGAAAUGUGAGAGGGAGGAGGCAGAGGGCAGGAAAGUAAAGCGGUCUUGGCUUUGCAUGAGAGAGGUGUGUGUGUCCUUGGUUGGGGGGAAGAAGUGGCUUAUGUAAUUUCCAAGUGUUGACUUGCUUGCAAGGGAUAGGUCAGCUGCUUUGCUCUGUCACCUUUGCUGAAAGAUAGGAGUGGUUUUGGCAGGUGGUUUCCCCAGCUGCAGGCAGCUGCAACGGGUUGAAACUGCCCCACAGCAAGGAGGAGGACCGGUUUGGGGGGAUGUUUAGCCGAAGACAGGCUGAGUGAUGAUGGAAUCCAGGUGGUGUGCAUGUUUGGGGCUGCCCAGGGGACAGUGCCGGAAGAGAGAUCCACAAGUCAACUAUUUCAGCAAUGCGCAACGGCCAAGUUCAUACCUACCCCUUUCUUCCUGCUCCCUUUCCUGUGCGUUGUCUCUCUCGGCAAACUUAUCUUCCUUGCAAACAUAUCUCGAGGCUUCAGGCAGGGUGGAGAGGGAAACGAAUACGCUUUGCGUGGAUUGUUUUUGGAAACACAAGCCAUGCCAAAGAGAUGAUUGACAGGAGAGCUUAAAACAGGGGUGUGCCGUAGCUCGGUGAUACGACAUCUGCUCUGUGCAUAGAAAGUCUCCCGUUCAGUCCCCAGCAUCUCCAGGUUACAAGGCUAGAAAUGUCUCCUGCCUGAAAUCUUGAGAGAGGGGCUGCCGGUCAGUGUAGGCAGUGCUGAGCUCAAUGGAUGAGUAGUCUGUAUGGUGGUACCUUGGUUCUCAAACUUAAUCCAUUCCGGGAGUCCGUUCGACUCCUGAAACCAUUCGAAAACCAAGGCACGGCUUCCGAAAAACGUUCGCAAACCGGAACAUUUCUGGGUUUGCGGCGUUCGGGAGCCGAUUUGUUCGACAACUAAGCCGUUCGAGAACCAAGGUACCACUGUGUGGUGGGGGGCAGGGGUAAGAGCACUUGCUUAGUGUGCAAGUUCAAUCCUUGCCAUUCUCAGGUAUGUUUGCUCAGUGCCUGAAACUAGAGCACAGCCUUCCAUACUUUUCAGACGUGCAUCAUUUUAUGACACAGCAAUUCGGUUUUCCUAACAAACCGGAGGUUAAACUAGCCCCUUUCCAGCCCCGGGAGGAAUGCAGGGAGCGUUCGCAUGACACGGCUACAUGCUGCAGCCGACGCACAGUUUGGAAAGCUCACACAGAAGAUGGAGUAAGCCUGUUUUCUGAUGCUCCCAGAGGGGAGGGUAUAAACCAGCAGAUUCAAAUGGCAAGAUAAGAGGCUGUCGUUCGGAAUAUUUUUCUGGCACUUAGAGCUGUGUGGCAGUGGAAAGGACUACCUCAAACUCUCCUAUAAACAGAGAGGUCGGGUGGCCACCUGUCAGGGAUUCUUUAGCUGUGGUUCCCGCCUUGCAGGGGCUUGGGCUUGGGGGUCUCUUGGGGUCCUUGCCAACUCUAUGAGGCUAUGAACCCAGUUGCCAUAGCUGUUUGGCAGGAGGCCAUGGUGAAACCAAAGCUGCCUUUGCGUCACAAGGUGGAUUGUUCUCUCUCUGCUUGGUACGCAAUGUGCAACUUGGGGCUUGCCAAAAGGAGGGGAGGGAAUCCAAACACUCGGGCAGCGUGAUUGGAUAGGGGCAAGCCUCCCCUUUCGUUUGGUCUGCUGAUGGGAAGGCGGGUCCCUUAUGCAAACAGAGCAGCUGCCUGUAACAAGUGCGGAGGCUGUGUGAGAGCCCCUGCUGGGGAGGCUGUGGGGAGGGGAAAGGUUGCAGCUUUGGGGACAUUUUGGUUUAUAGAAAAAGCAAGUAAGAGGCAGCAGGAGAGGAGUUUAUAAAAUCAUGCAUGCCAUGGAGGAAGUGAAUAGAGAAAAGCUUUUUCUCCCUCUUUAGAACCAGGACACAUGUAAGGAAGGUGAAUCCUGGAAUCGUAGAGUUGGAAGGGACCCUGUGGGUCAUCUAGUCCAACCCCCUGCAGUGCAGGAAUCUUUCACCCAAUGUGGGCCUCGAACCCACAACCCUAAGGUUAAGAGUGUCAUGCUCUACCAGCUGAGCUAUCCCAGAUUCAGGACAAAUAAAAGUAAGGACUUCUUAAUGUGCUGCAUAGUUGAACUGUGGAACUCCCUGCCACAAGAGGGAGUGAUGGCCACCAGCUUGGUGGCUUUAAGAGGAUUGGACAAAUUCAGGGAGGCUGAGGCAAUUGUGUGCUGCUGCACAGUUUUUUAAAUGGGGCAUGGCAUGGAGAGCACAUAGGGAUAAGUUUUUCUCCCUCUGUCCUUCCCGUUCAUCUCCACCUAAAAUCAUUCCUGCUGGUCAGUAUAGAUCAGUGUUCCCCAAACUUUGGGAUCCAGCUGUUUUUUGACUACAGCUCCCAUCAUCCCUAGCUAGCAAGACCAGUGGUCAGGGAUGAUGGGAAUUGUAGUCCAAAACCAGCUGUGGGCCCAAGUUAGGGAAAAACUGGUCUAGGCAAUACUGAGACGGGCCAGUGGUUUGUCACAGACUCACAGUAUAAGGCUGCUUAGUGUCAGCUGCUGGGGAAUGAACCCAAGACGUUUUGUGUUCAGAGUUUGUGCUCUUUCACUAAACUGCUCCAUGUUGCCUUACUAAAGUUUGCUCUAAAAUCUCCCUCCCUUCCUCUUCUCCCACCGUCCGAAAUUCCCUUCUGCUUCGAUACAAGCUUAUGAGCUCAGCCAGCCUCGCUAAUCCUUGUCACAGGGACAACCUUACAAUAAUGGAACAGGUCAGGUUUCUGCCGAGUGCUUGGGUUGCAAACUCCCUGUAAGGCAGGCUUCCAUCCAGUGAACUUGAGUUCGCUGGUUCCUUUAACUCUUCCCUUCUGUUUCAUAACUGCAGGGCCCCCCACCCACACACACACUUCCUGUCAUUCUGGAAUUCGUUCUGCAGAGCGGAAAAGCUGGCUGCGAGCACAUGGAAUCCCGGCCACUUGGGAACUUUUGUGCUUGAGCAAGCAGGAGAAAAGUUAAAUGGGGAUGGGGAAGAGUUGUCAUUUUGUUUGCAAAGCCUAGAUGAGUGCAUCCCCGACCAUGCUUGAUUUUAGUGGGCUGUAUCUAGCAUUCUCUGUCCACAAAUUGCACCAUGGGGCAGCCGCGUUUAGAAACUGCACAGCAGAGGAGUUCAGUGCACAAACUGUGCAACAGCUGAUUCUUAUUGUGCAAUCCUAUAGCCUGGGCUAUACGAUUGCAACUCAAAUGUAGCAGCUCAGAGCAUGCUAGAUUUGCAUGUUGCUGAUGACCUUGGUUAGGCACUUGUGGCUUUCACUGACAGCAGCAUGCUGGCUGCUCCCACGCGAAGCCCAGAGUGUGUAAAGCCUGCCUGCACCCUCCCAUGCAUGGCUUGGCUGGACUUGCUAUUUGCAGUGACUCAUCAGUCGCCUGGGGCGAGUCUGCAAAGAACAGGGGCGAGCACACUUCAGGCUUGCAGGAUUUAUUACGUUAUUGUUUCAUUAGAACCACAAGGUCCUCCAAGCACAAGUGGAUGAGAAGUGAUCCACACCAGAGCUGUGCACCCAGUCCCAUCGUGCAAAAAUCCACUCCUGGAUUUCCCACCAAGCUUUAUUAAUCUCAGCAGGCUAACUUAGAAAAGGGGUGAAGGGAGCCACCUUCUUGCUAACGUUCAGUAGGCUUUAGCCAGCCUAGCUCCCCCUGGAUGUUGUCAGACUACAGUUCCCAUCAUCCCUGACCAUCAGCUGUGCUGGCUGAGGCUAAUGGGAAUUGGAGUCCAACAUCUGGAAGAGGCAGCAGUUUAGCUGGGGGAGGGGAGGCUGCGUUUAAACAACUGGGUGUCAGAAAUCUGCUGCAAGCCACGCAGAGACCUACCGUUUGCCUGCCUCUGGUUGCUGAAAUAAGGCUUGUGUUCAUCUUUUCGUUUCAGCUCCUGUACGUCUGCAUUUGAGAAGGAGACUGGCAGUAAGUAAAGCAGCUUUCAUGUUUCUAGUCCUUCGUGUUUGCCUUCUCUUCCUUCCCCUGCCAAGUGUCUUGAUUCUCCAGAUCGCUUCCCACUCCCCCGCCCCCCCCCCCGGGUCUUCAUUAAUGUGAAAUUUUCCCAGGGCAGAAAAAUGGAACAACCUCGUUUUUGUAUUUCCUUUGGGGUAGAGCAGGCAUAGGCAAACUCAGCCCUCCAGAUGUUUUGGGGCUACAACUCCCAUCAUCCCUAGCUAACAUGACCAGUGGUCAGGGAUGAUGGGAAUUGUAGUCUCAAAACAUAAAGGUCUAUCUAGCUAGGUAGUAUCAGCACUGAUUGGCAGAGGCAGCCCCACGACUUUUUGGCAAGUGGAGUAGCUAUGCCGCCACCAAACAAAGGCCUUUCAUCUAUUUCAAACAACUAACAACCCUAAGACUAAGGGGGUGCUAAGAACGUAUACCUCAAGUGUCAAAGAGGCCUAGAAAAGAACUGGUGCAGCUGUUUUCAAACAGGGAGUUAUAUGAGAUCCAAAUGGAACCCCAGUCUGUAAUUCAGUGGCUGCAUUUUGGACCAGCUGAAGUUUCCAAGUUGUCUUCAAGUGCAGCCCCACGUAGAGCGCAUUGCAGUAGUCCACUUGCUCUAACUUCCUGUCCUGUCUCUCUCUUCUCCCCAUCCCAGAGCAAAGAGAGAAGCGCUACAGUGUGCACCGCAAGUUUGGCGACCGGCGGGAUGGGGUCAUCAGUGCCCGCACCUACUUCUACGCAGAUGAAGCUAAAUGCGACCGGCACAUGGACACCUUCCUGCGAUGCAUUGAGGCUUCUGGUAGGCAGGAUAAGCUCCUCUGGGAAACAGUAACAUAAUAAAUCCUGCACUCACUCUUGCAACAGCCUAGUUGGACAGCCAACGGGUUGCUUGGGGAGAUGAGCCAGAAAUCAAAUUUGCUAUAUUAUGGUGUAAACUCCACUUCAUAUCAGCCAUGCUUGGGUACCCUUUUGAGAGCCGAGGAGUUGAUUUUUUUCAUAUCACAGUAAACCGUGGUUUGCUCUUCCCAAUGAACAAGCAGUGUAUAAGCACACAUAGCUGAAUCACACCUACCUUGCACCAGGACCACCAAACAAGUCCUGGUUUAGGAUGUAGUGAUCAGAUGGGAUUACUAUGAGGAAUUAUAAAAUAUGCAUCGAGCCAUUGUGUCCACGAUGAAAGCAUUGCAUUGACUGGGUUUGAUUCAUUGACAAUAGUUUCUGAUCAAAUCCCACAAGCUUCUGCAUCUCUGAUUUCUCUACACCUGACAGGCACGUAUAAGCAUUCUGAAACACAGGCCAGUUGCUUCAUCAGAAAUCCUCAGUGCAUAAAGGUAGUAGGUUACUUUGAUGUAGUUUGUUAAUCUUAGGGCCAGGAAAUAGUUUCACAUGGAGGUGAUAAAGAUGCCUAAUCUUUCCUUGCCAUCCUUUCUCUCCUGUUUAUUGCUGUUUAUGACCUCCGUAGUUUCCUAAAAGCAUUCCUCCUUGCUUCCUCUUUUAUUUAUUCUGAACUACACAUGCAUGCUCAAGUAGGAAAUAAGUUUCUUUGUAGUUAGAAAAAUUUCUUCUGAUCUGACUUUGUUCCACGUGGGGUUUUUGAAAUGCUCAGACAAAAUCUGAUUGGUUCUUACUAACACUGUGUAAAAAGUUCUUUUGUGAAUAAAACGAUCUGGGCCACAGGGUGUGGAGAGAGGGAUUAUUAUUGGCACCCCUCCCAGAGUCUUGCUGGUCAAGCCUCGUGUGUAUUCUGUUAAUCAGAGUCCAAUCCUUCCUUUGCUUUGGGAACGCCACAUAGGAGGCAUGCAAAAACCCAGCAGCUGAUCUGCACGGAUCAGCUGAGAUGGCGUUGCCUGUGGUCACUCCAGCUGCGGCUGCCUUGGAGCCCCCAGAGGGCUGGCUAACGUUGAAUGUGGCUCGCUGUCCACAAAACGGCUAGCCGUCUCUGCAGUAAACACAACGUCUUCAUAAUUGUGAUACACAAAGCAGCCCAAUGUGAUGUUGUGGCUAAAAGAGGCCGAUAUGGACUGCUAGACUCUGGAUUUUAAUCUCGACCUGGCCUGGCCUACCUCUUAGGGUUAUUUUGAGGACGAAAUGCCGGCUACCCCCACAGGGUGCUGCCCGCGUCUUCAUGGAGGAAGGGGCAGAGAGGGUGACCAUGCUUUGCCUUUCUUUGGCAGGUGGCAGUUCGGAAGACGGCUUUUCUGCCAUUAAGUUGACCGCACUGGGGAGGCCUCAGUUCCUGGUAAGCAGAACCGACAAAAUGUGCAUGUGAAAUUUUGCAGUUCCGAUUUUUUCCCUGGAAAGGCCACGUUGCUGAUGCCAGCACGUAACUGACAUGCUCCUCUCUCUCCCUCUUUUUCCAGCUGCAGUUCUCAGAGGUGCUGGUGAAAUGGAGGCGAUUUUUCCACCAGCUGGCCGCCGAGCAGGGCAAGGUGGGUCUGGCUGCCCUGGAGACCAAGCUGGAGGUGGAGAAGCUGCAGGUGAGUCUUCGUGCUCUGGUCCCUGGUGGGAUGGUUGGGGGGAGCAGCGGGGGCUGAUGGAGUUUCUUCCAGAGGACCCUGCCUCAUUUCUCUGCGGACAAAACGGGGCUGAGAUCAGGGGCAGCAUUUCGGCUCCAAAAUCCAGCCCUCACUGCCUCUCUGGAAAGGUGCUAGGCCAGACUUCCCCCAGCCCUGGUGCCCUGCAGAUGUUGUUGGUCUACAACUCCCAUCAGCCCCCAGGCAGCACAGCCAUUUUGGACUACAGCUCCCAGCCGGUACUGUGCUUCUUCCAUCAGCCCUGGCAUCAUGCAGCCAUGUGAAGCUGGGGCUGGUGGGAGUUGUAGUGCAAGACAUCCAGAGGACUUCGGGUUGCAGAAAAGGCCUGUUCAUGCUUGAACCUCUGAUUCAUUCAUUUAUUAGGUCAGUUGGUUAGAGUGUGGUGCUGAUAACGCCAAGGUUUCAGGUUCGAUCCCCGUAUGGGACAGCUGCAUAUUUCUGCAUUGCAGGGGGUUAGACUAGAUGAUCCUCAGGGUCCCCUCCAUCUAUACAAUUCUGUGAUUCUAUUGGCCGGGUUGAUCAGGCAGCCCAUCACUGGAGGAUCCCAGGGCGGAGCGUGCAAGUGCCACAUGGCAAAUAACUGGGCACCAAGCAAAAUACAAUAAACAUUAUUCAUUUUUUAAAAAGCCGAAGCAUUUAAAACCAAAACGUUAAAAACGCUAAGAAAAAGCAUGCACAUACACACACACACACACACACACACACACACACACACACUUACUUUCCAGGUUUGUACACUUCACUGAUUUUACAAUCAAUUUGACAUUUCAAAACUUGACUUCCUUCCCCCUCUUUCUGCGGCUCCUUAAAUUUAUUUUUAAUAUUUUCUGCAUAUCCAAAUUAACUUAAUUUGCUCAUUUAUACAGUGGUGCCUCGCAAGACGAAAUUAAUUCGUUCUGCGAGUUUUUUCGUCUUGCGAAGCACGGUUUCCCAUAGGAAUGCAUUGAACAGUUUUAAGAAAAAGGACGUUUUCGUUUUUCGUCUUGCGAAGCAAGCCCAUAGGGAAAUUCAUCUUGCGAAGCAACUCAAAAAACUCGUCUUGCGAGUUUUUCGUCUUGCGAGGCAUUCGUCUUGCGAGGUACCACCGUACAUCUUUAAAUAUAUACUCUUAUGAAACUGCAGGUUAAUACAAUAAUCCUGCCAAUGUUCUUAUCUGUUUACAAUUUAUCUGUAAACAUUCAAAAACCAUUUCCAUUCUUCUAUAAAAAGUUUGUUACCUUGAUUUCUUAUUCUUCCGGUAAGCUUCGCCAUUUCUACAUAUUCCAUACGUUUUUGUAUCCAUUCUUCCUUUGCUGCGAUAAAGCAUGCUCUCUUUGGCUUCAGACAAAGAGCAAACUUGAACCUGAAACAAGCUGAGAUCCCCUUACCUAGAGCAGAUGGAUUAUUGCUGCCUUAUUAGUUCCAGUAGCAAAAUCAUACCUCCACGCAUAGAAGCAUCAUAUCUCUGAAAACCUGAUUGUGGGAGGGUGUGAGUAGUUUUCGGCCGCCAUGCGCCAUCUGUAGUAUUUUCCUGGAGGCGCCUGUUAGAUAGAAUCAAGAGCCUGAACUAUAGUAAACCUUUGGGUGUGAUUUGGCAGGGGGUUCAUUCCUCUUCUGUAAAAGAAGCGGAGGGGGGAGGCAGGAGAGACUAUUUCUGGAAUUCACCGCUGGCUUUCACAUUCCUAUCUUGGUGCGCAGAGCUGUGGUGAGUCUCUGAUGAAAGAGGGAGCUCUUGUGGGGCUCUGGAGAUCUGCAGCAAAACCCUUCCAGCUCUCUUUAUUCAAAGCCAACUUGGUUUUGAGAAGCUGUGUCUGUUCCCUGCUCGAAAGUCCACCCCUACAAAGCCGCUCUUAGCACCAUGUGUGAGGGAGAAGGUUUGAGGGGACGGUGAGGGGAGAUAAAUUUAUGACACAGGACUUGGGAGAUGCUUGAAUUGUUUCCACCCCAGCUGGUUGCUCAGUCAACCCACUGAAAUUAUCUUCAGUGGGUAUCUGAGUAAGGCUGACAUCAGAUAGAACCUUGUAAUUUUCAGAAGUGGUGCCUUGUUUUCAUUUUUCCUCCUCCCUCCACAAUCCUUUUUCCUUUUGUGUUGUGCCUCUCCCCCCCCCCCCCAAGUUCCUCUUUUUUUAAACGAUUGCAAGCCCGAUCAUGGAUCUUGUCAAGCUAUUCUGGAAUCCCUUUCGGGGAGCGAUAAACAGCAUAACAAUGUCUUAAAUAUUCAUAUCUAACCAUUAAAAUGGGUUCAUUUUGGUUUCUUGGCAGGAAGCACUGGCCAAGCUGGGGGUUGCCACUAAGGCGGAGAGUCAGCACUGGUUCACAGGCGAGAAGCUGGGCGUGUCAGGGUAAGCCCCCUCGCUUGAGUCCAAGGAACAAGACUAUGGGGGUGGCUUUGUAGAGCAGUGGCGAGGACAACACACAUGUUGGGGAAUCUGCUGGGCUGUUUCUGGGGCAGUGGGGAAUGGCUGGCACGUCUGGGGACAUGAACACAAAGGGGUUAGAAUGAAUCUUGAAAAUGUCAGCACAAGGGUAGGGAACUACCGUGUUUUUCGUUCUAUAAGACGCACCAGACCAUAAGACGCACCUGGUUUUUGGAGGAGGAAAGCAAGAAAAAAAAUAUUCUGAAUCUCGGAAGCCAGAACAACAAGAGGGAUCGCUGCACAGCGAAAGCAGCGAUCCCUGUUGCUGUUCUGGCUUCUGGGAUAGCUGCGCAGCCUGAUUUCGCUCCAUAAGACGAACACACCUUUCCCCUUACAGCGGUACCUCUGGUUACAUACGCUUCAGGUUACAGACUCCGCUAACCCAGAAAUAGUGCUUUAGGUUAAGAACUUUGCUUCAGGAUAAGAACAGAAAUCAAUCAGGAGGGCUGGGCGAGACUCCCUGCAUGAAACCCUGGAGAGCUGCUGCCAGUCAGUGUUGACAAUAUUGAGCUGGAUGGACCACAUGAUGGAAGAAACUCUGCAUGUUCUAUAUUACCGUAUUUUUUGUUCUAUAAGACUCACUUUUUCCCUCCUAAAAAGUACAGUGGAACCUCAGGUUAAGUACUUAAUUCGUUCUGGAGGUCUGUUCUUAACCUGAAACUGUUCUUAACCUGAAGCACCACUUUAUCUAAUGGGGCCUCCUGCUGCUGCCGCACCACAGGAACACGAUUUCUGUUCUCAUCCUGAAGCAAAGUUCUUAACCCGGGGUACUAUUUCUGGGUUAGCGGAGUCUGUAACCUGAAGCGUAUGUAACCCAAGGUACCACUGUAUUUUAAUAUUUUGCUGGAAGCUGCCCAGAGUGGCUGGGGCUACCCAGUCAGAUGGACUGCAUGUAAAUAAUAAAAUUAUUGUUAAGUUACCUGCCUGCCAAAGCCUGGUCGUGCAACAAUUUCCUUCUCUUUCUUCCCUUCACCCCCAGAACAGUGGACCUGCUCGACUGGAACAGCCUAAUUGAUUCCCGGACGGAAAUCUCCAAACUCUUGCUUACUCCAAACAUUAAGGUAAAUGGCUUGCAAGGAGGGGUGGGGGUGGGGAACAUACAUAAGUCCCUUAGGUUGCUGGAAAAAGUAACCCUUCCUGUCAUCUUCCCCACUAUCAAAAAUGAAGCCGCGAGAUCAUUGGGGCAUCUGAAAUGAUUGACAGUUGGAGCGUCUCCCACUCUGAGCAAAGUUUGCAGUGUUUGGGGAAUUUUCCCAAACUUGGGUCUCCAGCUGUUUUUGGACUACAGUUCCCAUCAUCCCUGACAGCUGGUCCUGCUAGCUAGGGAUGCUGGGAGUUGUAGUCCAAAAACAGCUGGAGACCCAAGUUUGGGAAUAGCUGGUUUAGAGAAAAGGCAAGGUUUAGAGAAAAGGCAAGGAAGAGGCAGCAUAUGAUUAUGCAUGGCACAGAGGAAGUGGAUAGAGAAAAGGUUUUUCUGUGUUUUAAUUUGUCUGAAGCCACCCAGAGUGGCUGGGGUAACCCAGUCAGAUGGGCGGUAUAUAAAUUAUUAUUUUGGACUUCAGCUUCUGUCACUCCUUAUCAUAUGCCAUAAGUGGCUGAGGCUUAAUCCAAAGUAGCUGAAGACCAGUUGGUUGGCCAAGGCUGCACUAGAUCUGCCUAUGCAUGUUAACAGUCAUCCAGUUUCUAUAUCACCAGCUGUGCCUUAAUCUCGCCUCUCCAGCUGAGGGAAAAACCAGGUUGGGUAGCAGCUAUCAGCAGCAGGGCUGAUCCCAGAGCUGGUGCCUGGCUGGCACCCUCUUUUGGCUGCAAAGCACAUUAAUCAGUUCCUUAAAUGGUAAAGGGACCCCUGGCCAUUAGGUCCAGUCGUGGCCGACUCUGGGGUUGCGGCGCUCAUCUCGCUUUAUUGGCCGAGGGAGCCGGUGUACAGCUUCUGGGUCAUGUGGCCAGCAUGACUAAGCCACUUCUGGCGAACCAGAGCAGCGCACGGAAACGCCGUUUACCUUCCCGCCGAAGCGGUACCUAUUUAUCUACUUGCACUUGGACGUGCUUUUGAACUGCUAGGUUGGCAGGAGCUGGGACCGAGCGACGGGAGCUCACCCCGUCGUGGGGAUUUGAACCGCCGACCUUCUGAUCAGCAAGUCCUAGGCUCUGUGGUUUAACCCACAGCGCCACCCGCGUCCCUUAGUUGCUCUUUAUUAUUGCUAUUGUCUUUGAUAUAUUAAUCGCUUUCUGAUAACUUUUAAAAGACAAAAAUGGCACAUAGUUUGAAAGCAAGACAAAAACCCUAAGAAGUUGAAUGCUUGUAGACCCGUUUAUUCAGCUGGGAAAUCCUGUUGGAUCAAGUCUUCAGUUGCUUCUGGAAAGUGCAGCUAGUUAUCCAAUUACCUAUGAGAUGUUGUUAAUAAUAAUAAUAGUAAUAAAAAUAAAUGUAUGUAUGUAUUAUUUAUAUUAUUUAUAUGCCACCCAUCUGACUGGGUUGCUCCAGCCACUCUGUGGCUUCCAGCAAAUUACAAAACCACUUUUCUCUUUUAUUUAGUACUACUACAGUUGUACCUUGGAAGGCAAAUGGAAUCCAUUCUGGAAGUCCGUUAAACUUCCAAAACGUUUGAAAACUAAAUCGGGGCUUCUGAUUGGCUGCAGGAACCUCCUGCAGUCAAUUAGAAGCCGUGGAAGCCCUGUCAGACAUUCGGGUUCCAAAAGAACGUUCACAAACUGCAACCAUCACUUCCAGGUUUGUGGCAUUCGGGAGCCAGAAUAUCUGAGUUCCAGGGAGUUUGGGAUCCAAGGUACAACUAUGCUUAAUAUUUUAUUAUUAAUAAUAAUGCAUACAUACUGCUGUCUCACAAUACACCAGGGUGGUGUACAGGAUCAUAAAGACAUUUAAAAGCAAUGCAAAGCAGUCCCAAAAUUAAAUUGGCUACUCGGGAGAUUUUAGACAACUGCAUUAAAAAAUAUUUGAGAUGCAAGCAAGGAGUGUGCCUCUGCUAAGAGAGUGUUCCACAACACUGGACUGGCAAAACCAGAUACCCAGCUUGUGGCCAAGACCAGCCAGGCCUCGGUAACACAGGGAGCAACUAGCUAUGUCGCUGCGGAUCAUCUCCGUGAUCAAGCUGGGAUAUACAAGGGUUCCUUAGGGUAUCCUAGAUCCAAAAAACUGUGCUAUAUGAUUGCAUCUUACACUCAUUUAACCUGAGCAAUUUCAGCCUUGCACGGUUGAAAUUGCACAGAUUAAUCCCACGCAAGGUGGAGCACUUAAAAGCUCUUUGGGUUUUCCAAUGGUUUGAGUAUACGUGUUUUCCCUUCUAGCGCUACAAUUCUAUGAAUCCUGAUACCUUUAAAAAAAAUCGCUUUAUUCAGAACCUAGACUCAGUGGCAGAGUGAUUUGCUGCCAUGUACAAUCCUCUUUCUGUGGGUACAAUGAGGGUCCCCUGCCCUCCCCCCAAAAAAAAAAUCUGCCCCACAUCCUCAGUGUCUUCCUUUCUUCCAGACAGGGCAGCUGGAGCCACUUCUCUCUCGCUUCACUGAGGAGGAAGAGCGCCAAAUGAAGCGAAUGUUGCAGAGGAUGGACGUUCUCGCCAAGGUAACAAUUUGGGGAGGGUUUUUAAGCUCUUUCUUCUCUUCUCCCUGGGUCUGCCUGAGAGAGAGAGAGAGAGGUGGGCUGUUUGGGUGAGGUGGAGAAGCAGGCGCCCAUUAAAAAUAGCACACGGCCCACAAAAAUGGAAAGAUGAAGUAGUUCCCGCCAAAGAAGAAUGGAUAGGUAAAGGACUAUGCUGAAAUCAGCCAAGUUAACAACUAGUGUGGUGUAGUGGUUAAGAGCGGUAGACUCGUAUUCUGGUGAACCGGGUUCGCUUCCCCGCUCCUCCACAUGCAGCUGCUGGGUGACCUUGGGCUAGUCACACUUCUCUGAAGUCUCUCAGCCCCACUCACCUCACAGAGUGUUUGUUGUGGGGGAGGAAGGGAAAGGAGAAUGUUAGCUGCUUUGAGACUCCUUCGGGUAGUGAUAAAGCGGGAUAUCAAAUCCAAACUCUUCUAAAAUAAGAGAACUUAACAGCGAUUGCUUUAUGGAAGAAUUGAAGCCUUUUUCAGACUGUUUAAAUAUUACAGGAUGAUGAAUUCAUGAGCAGGAUUUGAACUAGGGGCGACAGAAGGAAUGAGAGAUUGUUGUGUUGUUACAAUAUAAAAGAGGAAAGGUAGGAUGCAGUAAGCAGGAAGAAUUGAAAAACACACCGUGGAAAAUGGAAUGGGGAGUCGACAAAAGGAAAGGAAAAAUUAUGUCUGUGUGAAGUUUUUGGAAAUUUAAUUAUACAUACAUACACACACACACACAUCUAUCAAUCUACAGUGAUACCUCGGGUUACAUACGCUUCAUGUUACAGACUCUGCUAACCCAGAAAUAUUACCUCGGGUUAAGAACUUUGCUUCAGGAUGAGAACAGAAAUCGUGCUCCGGCGGCGAGGCGGCAGCAGGAGGCCCCAUUAGCUAAAGUGGUGCUUCAGGUUAAGAACAGUUUCAGGUUAAGAACCAGAGCUCCAGAAUGAAUGAAGUUCUUAACCCGAGGUACCACUGUAUUUAUCUACCUAAUAGCAUGUGGCCCCAGAAAUUUGCUCAGAAGGGGAAUGCGGCCCCGGGCCAGAAAGGUUCCACCAUCUCUGACAGUGGCUUUGGUUAGGUAGCAGAAAACUGACCUCUGGUGAUGUCCUCUGUGACUCACUCCACCGCCUUGCUUGCUUCCAGAAAGCCGUAGAGACGGGCGUGAGGCUGAUGGUGGAUGCUGAGCAAACCUACUUCCAGCCAGCCAUCAGCCGCCUCACCCUGGAGAUGCAGCGGAAGUUCAACCAGGAGAGAGCCUCCGUCUUCAACACCUACCAGUGCUACUUGAAGGUGAGGCACCAGGCAGGCAGUGGGUUCGAGAGGGCUUGCUCUUGCACACAGUGUGGAUGGGGGUGGCAUCCUCAGGAUCAGUGCAAGGUUGCGGCUGAUGCAGGAGAUUCUGUGCGGCAGACCCUGGAACUCUGGAGAGCCACUUCCAGUCUGUGUAGGCAACACUAGGGUAGAGGGACCCAAUGGCCUGACUCAGUUUAAAGGAGCUUUGUUCUUUGAUUGGGAACCAUGAGGACCAGAAUCUUAGCUCAGUGGUUGAGCACCUGCUUUGCAUGCAGAUGGUCCCGGGUUCAAUCCCCAGCCUGAAACCUUGGGAGAGCUGCUGCUAGUCAGUGUGGGCAAUACUGAAAGUACUGAUUGUAGGCAAAGUGGUUGGUCUGACUCAACGUCAGGCAUCUUCUCUGUAUUGCCUCCCUGUGAGCAGGAUGCUUACGACACGGUGACGGUGGACGUGGAGCUCUCACGCCGGGAAGGCUGGCACUUUGGUGCCAAGCUGGUGAGAGGCGCCUACAUGAAGCAGGAGCGCAGCCGGGCAGCCGAAGUGGGCUACGAGGAUCCAAUCAAUCCGACUUACCAAGCGACCAGCGAGAUGUACCACAGGUGGGCCUGUUGCUCAGAGGCAGAGGAUUUGCCGUUCCAAUGCUCGCUUUCCUCUUCCCUCCACAAUCCUUUUUCCUUUUAUGCUUUGCUUAUUAUUUUGUUCAUUCCCCACUGGCGUCUCCAGCUGAAGCUGGGCAUAUCAUCUGCCUGAAACCCCAGAGAGCUGCUGCCAGUCAGUGUAGACAGUACGGGGCUAGAUGGAUCUGAGUCAGUAUAAGGCAGUUUCCGAUUUGAUUCAACUCUUUUUUGAACCAUGUGGACUAGAAUCUUAUUUUUAGGGAAAGGGCUGAGACUCAGCGGUAGAGCACCAACUUUGCAUGCAGGCAGCCCUAGGUUCAGUCUCAAAUGGCGCCUCCAGGUCGGGCUGGGAAUGUCUCCUCCCUGUAGCUCUGGAGAGCCACUGCCAGCCAGUGCAGGCAGUACUGAACUAGAUGUACCCCAACGGUCUGUGGAAAUGCAGCUUCUGGUGUUCCUGUGAUGUGCAUCUUCAGAUUUUUGGGAGCCACAGGAGGGAAAAGGCAGGCUCAUGAGCAAUGGCAUGAUUUCCAAUCCCCUCUUGCAGGGGGGUUGGACUAGAUGACCCUUGGGGUUUCCUUCCAACUCUACAAUACUGUGAUUCCUUGCAGAUGCCUGGAUUACAUCCUCGAGGAGAUCCGGCACAGCCGUAAGGCCAACGUGAUGGUGGCUUCCCACAACAAAGACACAGUCAAGUUCACACUUCGCAGGUACUGGGGAUUGGGGGGGACACACACAUUGUAGCCCCUGUGCCGCUUGGCAGCUGGGAGCCCCCCAGGCCAGCAAAGCCUCUUGAAGGGGCAGCAUUUUGCAUAGACGUUAAUUGCCCCUCUUCCCUUCCCUUAUGCAGGAUGGCAGAUCUCGGAAUCCACCCUUCAGAGAACAAGAUCUACUUUGGGCAGCUCCUGGGCAUGUGUGACCAAAUCACCUUCCCUCUUGGUAAGUGAGCAUGUGUGUAUUCACGGACCCCCAAGUUAGAGAACUGUCACUGUGAACCAAGGGUUCCCCUAAACCAGAGCUUUUUUUCAGCCAGAACUCGCCAGAACUGAGUUCCGGCACCUUUCAGGCAGGUGCCACUGCCAUUAUUUCUACAUUAAAGUCAUACCUCAGAAGUCGAACAGAAUCCGUUCCAGAAGUCUGUUUGGUUCAAAAACCAAAGCACGGCUUCUGAUUGGCUGCAGAAAGCUCCUGCAGCCAAUCGGAAGCCCCGUCAGAUGUUCGGCUUCCAAAAGAACGUUCGAAAACCGGAACACUCACUUCCAGGUUUCGAUAGUUCAGGAGCUGGAAUGUUCGACUGCCAAGGCAUUCGGGAGCCAAGGUGCAACUGUAUUUCUUGUAUAUCAUUUCUGGUAGAUCAGCUUCUUCUUUGAAUUGUACUUCAAUACAGUGAAUUGUACUUCAAUACAGUGGUACCUCGGGUUACAUACGCUUCAGGUUACAGACUCUACUAACCCAGAAAUAGUACCUUGUGUUAAGAACUUUGCUUCAGGAUGAAAACAGAAAUCGCACAGCGGCGGCACAGCAGCAGUGGGAGGCCCCAUUAGCUAAAGUGGUACCUCAGGUUAAGAACAGUUUCAGGUUAAGAAAGGACCUCCAGAACGAAUUAAGUUCUUAACCCGAGGUACCACUGUAUUUUUUUUUUCUCCAAGAAAUGGAGGGAAUGAGCAAACUACCAACUUUAAAAAAAAAAUGAAAAAAUAGAGUUUACACACAUAACUUUGCAAACCCCUGAUACCCAGCUUGUGGGGCAAAAGUCUGGCAAGCCUGAUGAGGCUCGCAGGAUGCCAGUUCCACACCCUUGCCUUAAGCAUAGAAUGCAGCGUUCCUGAAGCUCUGUUUGUCCUCGAAUCUGCUCAUCCAGCACUGUGGAUGGGCCUGUACUGAGGUCUUGUGCCUGCACCAACUCCCAUUCUUUUGUUCUUCAGGUCAGGCGGGGUACCCUGUGUACAAGUACGUUCCUUAUGGGCCCGUCAACGAAGUCCUCCCUUACCUUUCCCGGAGAGCCCAGGAGAAUCAAGGCUUCAUGGCAAGAGCCAAGGAGGAGCAAGACCUGCUCUGGAUGGAGCUGAAGAGGCGGUUGUUCGCGGGAACCCUUCUCUCGGCCCCAGCUUUACCGUAGACUUGCCUUCCGGGUCCCACUUCCUUGGGGAGGUGGGUUAGGGUAGAACCGUUGGUGCAAAGGUGCGCCAGCGGGGUAAAGAAGGCUUGAAAGCAUCCAAUGCCAUUUUGCCGUUCUUUAAAAAAAACAAAGUGACUGUGCUGUCCCAGUUGGCAGUGGACAUUACAGCAGUCCGGGUGUGUUGUUUGCUGGGAUUGUACAUAAGAGGAGCGGGUGAACCUUGUAGUUCCCCCUUGCCAUGCAAGAAUUGAAGUUUCUGUUCCGGCACCAAGGUGCCCUGCCUUUUGCCAUUUGAUGGAUUUUGAGUGUUUACGUGUAUGUGGGAAUGUAGGGAGAUAGGAAGGAUCACCUCUGAGCACCACUCGCCACUUCUGGGAUUAACCCUAGGCUCUGUAGCACCUAAGAUGGAGAUGGCUGUCGCUCAAUAAAAUUAACUCGACUAAAGUUUCUUCGGUCUGUUGCAAUGUUAAUGUUAUGGGCGUUGGUGGGGAAAGGACUCCCAGCCCUCCUGAAUGUGAGCCCAGGCUUUGACAGGGCUGGUGUGCAAAUCCAGUCUCACAUCCCUGUCCCCAUGCCUCUGUACAGCAGUUCCAGAGCAUGGGCAGAAAGCAGCAGAAUAGCUGGAUGCGUGGACUGCAAUUCCUGUGCUGAGUUCAAAGAGAGAGACACGAAGGCAGCAGAAUUCAUCAGUAAUAGUUUAGGUAAAAGGUAAAGGACCCCUGGAUGGUUAAGUCUAAUCAAAAGCGACUAUGGGGUUACAGCGCUCAUCUCGCUUUCAGGCCAAGAGAGCUGGCGUUUGUCCACUGUGGCGAUCACACAGGGCCCCCGGACGUUUGACGGUCUAUUGACCCUGUGCCACCACUGCAGUUGCUUUCUUCCCUGCCACCACCCCAUUUCUCCCGGGGACACACGGAGUCCAGGCAGUUGUUAACAUAAACAAAUAAUCAAGUUUAUUUUUAAAUGCAGGAACAAGCUUAUGGUUUCAGUUAAUUUUUCUUGUCAGUUUCUUAAAUCUUAGUUCCUAACAACUUCAAACUGAUUAUUCCCAACUAUCUAUCUGACUCCACCUGACAAUUCCUCUCACACUCUGUCACAAUACAACUCUACCAACCCACACCUAAUCCUCCCUCUUCCUUCUUCAACUCCCAAACCUCAACUGACUUUCAAAACCUCCCACUCUAAUAUUUACUCCACCCUUGCAUUCCCACUGGCCAAUCACAUCACACUCAUUUAAUCCUUUCCUUAUGACGCACCUAGGAGGCAAACGCCACAUCCACAGACGCUUUCUAAGUCAUGUGGCCAACAGGACUAAACCACUUCUGGCACAAUGGGACACUGUGAUGGAAACCAGAGCACAUGGAAACACCAUUUACGUUCCUGCCGCAGUGGUGCCUAUUUAUCUACUUACACUGGUGUGCUUUCAAACUGCUAGGUUGGCAGGAGCUGGGACAGAGCAAUGGGAGCUCACCCCGUUGCGGGGAUUCAAACCACUGACCUUCUGAUUGGCAAGCCCAAGAGGCUCAGUGAUUUAGACCACAGCGCCACCCGCAUCCCUAUAGUAAUAGUCUUAUUACUAUAAGCGUAAAAGGUCUUGCUGGAUCUCCCCAGUAAGGUACAAAACCUCAACUCAAAAGAGUGCACCCUGCUACAAAAGCAAAACAUGAUAGACAUAGAAAAGAAUACAGAACUGCUCAGUGGUAGAUUGAUUACCUUGCCUCUGAGCAUUGACCUUGAGUCUCACAGACUAAGCAGAUAAGCAAUAGCUGCAAGCAUUUUUUGAGAAAGCUUUGCAUCCAUAAAACUCAAACCUCAACAGGUUUAUCCCAGGAGAACCACGGCGAUCAGUGGCUACUAGUCACAGUGACUAUAUUCUGCCUGCACUUUCAGGGGCAGUAAAGGCUGGCUGGGAAUCUCAGGUGGAGAAAGCACUGUUGUACUACUUAUGGACAUAAGAAGAGACUGCUGGAUCAGGCCAAUGGCUCAUCUAGUCCAGCAUCCUGUUCUCACAGUGGCCAAGCAGAUCCCUGUGGGAAACCCACAAGCAAGGCUUGAGCACAACUGCGUCUCUUCCCCGCUCCUGCAGUUUCCAGCAACUGGUAUACAGAAGCAUUGCUGCCUCACAGCUGUUUUGCUUGUGGGAGUUCUAUAAAAGGCUUCUGGCUGGCUACUCUGAGAACAGGAUGCUGAAUUGAACAGACCUCCUUUGCCCUAAUCCAGCAAGGCUUUUCUGAUACGCUUAUGGGGACGGGUGCAGCCUGGGCCUCUUACUCCUGUCGGCAGGUCUCUCUCCCACCCGUUGCCUCUCUGAGGCCUCUGGCACACUGAGCGAGCUUCCAGAUUUGCAAGCAGGGUGAGGUUGGCUUAAUAUUGCAAACAAGUCAUUGGCAACAGUUGUGCUUUCACCCAGCAGAAAUGGGAUAAAUGUGAAUGGGGAGGCAUGCUGAAAUAUCAGUUUGCACUUCGCUGCCAUUGUGGGGAAGCUGCAAAAUAAAAACACUUGUGCCUUGUAUGCAGCAUGUGUGCCAUGGCUGCAUCCUGUGGGAGUGAGUUCCAUAGUUUCACUAGGUGGUAUGUGAAGAAGUACUUUGUUUUGCCUGUUCCACUGUUGAGCUUCCUUGCAUGCUCCUGAGGUCUUGGUAUCUAGUGGUCUAAUGUGCUGGAAUUUGCCAACAUUUGUACACACAAACACCUAAAAGGGAGAGAGAAGUACUCAAAAGGACAAGCAGAAUACUGAUAAAUUGAGGAGCCAGAGUUGUUAAUUCUCAGGCUAGAAGCUGAGAUACCAGAGUUUGAAUCCCACUUGGCCAUGAAGCUCAAUGGAUGACUUUGGGCCAAUUGCUCACUCAACCUAUCCUACCUCACAGGAUUGGUGUGAGCAUAAAAUGGGGGUAAAGGUAAAGGACCCCUGUCAAAGGCGACUGGGGUUGCAGCACUCAUCUUACUUUCAGGCUGAGGGAGUCGGUGUUUGUCGACAGACAGCUUUCUGGGUUAUGUGGCCAGCAGGACUAAGCCGCUUCUGGCACAACGGGACACCGUGAUGAGUGCCAGAGUGCACGGAAAUGCUAUUUACCUUCCCGCCACAGCAGCACCUAUUUAUCUACUUGCACUGGUGUGCUUUCAAACUGCUAGGUCGCCAGGAGCUGAUCGGCAAGCCCAAGAGGCUCAGUGGUUUAGACCACAGCACCAACCGCAUCCCAUAUAAAAUGGGGAGGUGGAAGCCUAUACCAGCUUGAGUUCCUUGCAGGAUAGGAUAAGAAUGGAAUGAACGAAUGAAUGGGAAGAGGGGAUGGAACAGUGUGACUGGAAACCACUCCAUGCUGCAACCCUUUUGUUUCAAGCUAUGCCUGUUUGCAUAUUAAUGUGAACUUCCGCUUAUGCAACCAAAAGUACCCAGCCACUAGAGAGGUACUGGCGACGGCGGCGUUUUGCACAAGGUAAAGUACCAAAAAUGUACAGAAAAAUGGGGGAACCCAUGCUAAGAGCUUCCUAAGAUCUCAACAGCAUGGAAUGAUGGCUGACUUGAGAGGUGGGGGAACAGAUCGGGGAGAGGGAGAGUAGGAUGGAAGGGGGGGGGGGAACAGGAGCACAGGGAUUUGGGAUUGCAUUUGAUCCAGCCCUCAAUUAAUGGUAUAUGUGCUGUGUUGAUGGAAUGCCUUUGCACAAGGGGAAACCAAAAGGCAUAACCAAAGAUGGAUACAGAAGAAGCUUCUGCUCUUGCAGCUGUUGUGUUGGAUUCCUUUCUUCUUCAGCUAUUAAGCCUUGCCAUCCCCUAAUGCUAGGACUCUUGCACUACCAGACAGAUAAUGUUGGCUAUGGCUCAGCGUUUUUGUUUGACACUUUUAACAUAAAGUGUCCAAAAUUUUCUACAGUGUUGUGCAUGUGGAAGAUAACAAUCCCUGACUGCAAGCUCACUAUAGAAGAGACAUAAUACAAGAGGAAAAGGGGAUGUGAAGGGAAGAGGAAAGUGAAUGUUGGAGCAGAUACUGCUCCUUGGUUGUUGGAUGAGGGCUGGCAUGGCCUCUCCCGCACCAUGAUCUUAAAACAUCAGCCAGAGUAUUGCAAAGUAUCGGAACUGAAACAUUACAAAUGAAAGUGGUAUGCAAUGAAGAUCCCUAUUUGAAGCAGCCUGACGCGGGUAGCACUGUGGGUUAAACCACAGAGUCUAGGAUUUGCCGAUCAGAAGGUCAGCAGUUUGAAUCCCCGUGACGGGGUGAGCUCCUGUUGCUUGGUCCCAGCUCCUGCCAAACUAGCAAUUCGAAAGCACAUCAAAGUGCAAGUAAAUAGGUACUACUCCGGCGGGAAGGUAAACGGCGUUUCUGUGCGCUGCUCUGGUUCACCAGAAGCCGCUUUGUCAUGCUGGCCACAUGACCUGGAAGCUGUACACCGACUCCCUCGGCCAGUAAAGCGAGAUGAGCACCGCAACCCCAGAGUCGGUCACGACUGGACCGAAUGGUCAGGGGUCCCUUUACCUUCACCUUAACGGGAAAGCAAAAUCUCUCAAAGCAUUUCAUUUUUUAAAGUUACAAAUCUUGUCCAGCAGAGGGCAGAGGAGAUCAAGCGUGUUCCAAUUUUAUUGUACAGCGAUCAUAAAUGGUUUGCGUGACAACAUCAGCAAGACUUGAAAAAGCCCUGCACCGUUCACAGUGCCAGCGAGAGUCCUGUGUGUGGACCAGGCGCAGCCAACGUAGAGCCUUCCAGAUGUUUUGGACUACAACUCCCAUCGUACCUGGUUAUUGGCUGGUGAAAGAGGCAUUCCACAACAUCUGGAGGAUGCUAUGUUGGCUAUCCAUCACAUAGACAUUCCUUAGCUAUAUGGACCAGUGGAGAGCUGCUGCAGACCCUUGGUCCAUUUUGCUCAGUAUUGUCUACACUGACUGGCAGCAGCUCUCCAGGGUUUCAGGUGGUCUCUCCCAGCCCUACCCAGAGAUGCCAGGGAUUGAACCUAGGACCAGAUGUUGUACCACUGAGCUAUAGGCAGUAGAGCACAACUCCCUGCAACAGAGAUUAUAUUGUUAUACAUACACAUGCACACACACACACAUCCAUCUGGCAUUAUAUGAGCAGUGGGGGAUCUGUGGCCCUAUACAUGCUGCUGGACUCAACUUUCCCGCAUCCCUAACUGUCAGGGACUGGGCAGAGGAGGAAUGCUAGAGACCGCUUGCCCAGCCUGACCCUUUCAGAGAAGAAGAUGACAGUUCAGAAUUAAAACAGGGCUUUGAGGGAGAUCACAGCUCAGAGGCAGAUAAUGGGUGGGGGGAGCUGGGAAAUAAUGGGAGAGAAGGGAGAAGAAGCACCAGAUGGGGAACAGCAGACAGUGUCUUUAGAAAGCAUUGCAGACCGCCCCUCCCUCCCAGAAACCGGCAAGCAUUGAAAGUAGGAGAGCAAAGGGCUCAGAGGCAAAGGGCACUUCUCAGCACCCAUAGUGAUGACGCAUGAAGAGAUAGAGGGAGUUAGUGGAGACUCACUCAGGGCAAUGCCAUUAUUUCCAAGAGACUGCAUUUCCAAGCCUCUCUCUGUGAAUAUUGAAUAAAAAGCAGUUGGU